AUGCAAACCUCUAUGAACAAGGUGCAAGGUCUCUUCCCAGACCUGCCUUAUGUUAAACUGAUUCCGGCACAUCGACAUCCCUCAUUCAACUACAAGGGUUUCCACCCAGGCCGCACGAUUCUCAACAAAGGUCAUGUCCGAGAAGCGGGUCUUAGAACUUUCCCGACAGAUGUGAUCUUCGAACAUGAUCAGACCGUUACGCUGAGAGAUGGGAUCAAGCUUUACGCUGAUAUUUUCCGUCCUCUACAGUCGGACACGGACGCUGUGCCAGUCAUCAUCGCUUGGUCUCCAUAUGGCAAAUCGGGGACUGGAGCGCAUAACUACGACAACAUGAUCCCCUUCAGAGCUGGCUAUUCGAAGGACAAAUGGUCGGGAUAUCAGAAGUUUGAGGCCCCCGACCCGGCUGAGUGGUGUCAGAGAGGUUACGCGGUUCUGAAUAUCGACUCGCGUGGGUCUGGAGUAUCAGAGGGCGACCUGGCGAUCUACGGACUACAGGAGGCUGAGGACAUCUUUGACACGAUAGACUUCAUCUCAAAACAGCCGUGGUGCAACGGUUCUGUUUGCAUGGCGGGCAACUCGUGGCUGGCAAUCUCGCAGAUCAAUUUUGCGGCCCGACUUUCGCAUCCUGCUCUCAAAGCAUUUGCUCCGUGGGAGGGUUUCACAGACUACUAUCGGGAGAGGAUCGCAAGAGGAAGCAUACCAUAUCUUCCCCUUUUCCAAAAGAGUCUUGCUGGGUCACUAGCAGGGGCCUCGUCAAUGUUAGUCUCCAGGCCACUGUAUGAUGAGUUCUGGGAGACUAAGCGAAUCCCGGUCGAGAACAUUGAUCAUAUUCCCUUGUACCUCGUGGCAUCCUAUUCUUCGCUACUCCAUUCUCAUGGGUCAUUCACUACAUUCCGAGACGCCAAGACCGGUCUUAAAUGGCUGCGUAUUCAUCCAUAUCAAGAAUGGCACGACCAAUAUCGUCCGGAGAUUUUAGAUGAUCUCCAGAAGUUCUUCGACAGAUACUGCAAAGGAAUAUUGAACAGCUGGGAGAAUGAUACGCCUCGCGUCAGACUCUCGUUGCUGGGUUUCGAGGAGGAUGGGGGCCUAGCAAGUACAAUAGUGGAGCGACCCGAGAGAGAAUACCCAUUGGCACGCGAGAUGAUGCAAGUACUUUUCCUCGACGCUUCUGACAUGAGUAUGAAGCCGAGAGUGCCCUCUUUGGGAGUGCAUUGCGCCUAUGAAGCACACGGUAUGCACGAGGCUGUCGAGUUCAGCGCAUGCUUCGACACAUACACAGAAAUUGCCGGCUACCCCAAACUAAAAGUAUUUGUAUCUUGCGCAGACCACGAUGAUAUGGAUGUCGUGUGCCAGCUCCGGAAAGUCAACAGCAAGGGGGAGGCUUUGGAGCAGCCGACAUUUCCACACCCAUCACCAGUGAGACAAAGACCGGACUUGAAUACCGCAAAAAUUCUUGGACCACAGGGCUUUCUCAGAGCAUCGCACGCUAUUUCUCGCAACGACAGCAACACCAUUGGGAAUGACAUAUUUUACGAGCACAAUCGAAAGCAAGCAGUACAAAGAGGCGAGAUUGUAGAGCUGGAGAUCCCCAUCUGGCCUGUCGGAUUUGUCUUGGCCCCUGGUGAAGGCAUCAUGCUUCGCAUUUCUGGACAGGAUAUGAGUUUGCCAGAGCUCCCGGACUGCGUUGCUACGGAGCCAUGGGACCACAACGUGGGACGGCACUCAGUCUUCACGGGAGCACAGUACGCAAGCGCCCUCACAUUGCCGAUAGUUCAGCAAAUUGCUCGGUCCGCUCUAUAG